AUGGACAAUCCCUUGCACUAUAGGGGUUUUUGGGACUGCGCAGAAGACACAGUCUGCGAGUGCGUCUUGGACUAUUCUUUCCUAGUGUCGUGUCCUUUGGAGGUGUUAAAGAUAACCGGUGAUUACUAUGGUUCGCUCGAAGAAUUGAUACAAAUGAAGUGUAUGUUGGAGAAGUUGUCAUGUCUUGAGCAUGUGGAAGUUCAUUCUCGGGCAACAGGUGAGAGCAAGCUGAAACUCUUGUCGGAUCUCCAAAAGCUCCGCAGAGCUUCCUCCAAGUGCAAGUUCGAUGUCGUUUCCUAG